CUCAAGAUUGCCGUAAAGCAUAUGAAGCAUUUUUUUCUCAUUAUCCCUACUGCUAUGGAUACUGGAAAAAGUACAGUGAUAUGGAAAGAAAGAGUGGUAGCAUUGAGCGUGCUAAAGAGGUAAACGUCAACUUUAAAAUUUAAAAAUUGGGAUUUUUAAUAGAUGUGGACACCAUCGCUCUAUGUUUUACCACCCCUUUGUUGUUUUUUUAUUUAUUUAUUUCACUUUCUACUUUAGCCUGAAGAGAAUGUUAAAACAGGUUUUUAAAAAAUGUAAGGAAAAAAACUACUGCUCUAAUAUUUCUGUGUGGCAUGGUUGAAUCUCCACUAUUUUCAUUUUGCUGCUCAGGUUCAACCUGUAUUUGAGAUGUUGCCAGCGAGUCCCAUCUGCGGACUUGUUUUUGCCACAGGCUUCUUGGACUAAUGCAUAAGUUUAAUGCAGUUUCCAUGGGCUGGUCACAAGCCUACAUCUUACAUGGUUUUUGAAAAGGGUCUCCGAGCCAUCCCAUUGAGUGUUGAGUUGUGGCUCCAUUACAUUAACUUCUUCAUAGCAGAAUAUGGAACAGAUCCUUCCUACAAAGAGAAAAUAAGAAAAUUGUAUGAAAAAGCUUUGGCAGCAGCAGGUCUGGAGUUUAGAUCAGAUAAAUUGUGGGACUCUUAUAUCUCAUGGGAGAAUAUGAACAGUAAUUUGAAAAAUGUUACCUCAAUUUAUGAGAGACUUAUAAAAACACCAACUCAGCUUUACAGUCAUCAUUGGGAUAAUUAUAAAAGACACAUCAGUAUUCACCAUCCAAAAGAAAUUCUUGACAUAGACACAUUCCUGAAAUUACGUUCUGAAGUAUUAAACAAAUCAUCUAACUACCAUGUUGAGGAUGAUGAUGAAGUGGGACUAGAUGAAGCUCUGCAAGUUGGAGAAAGCUCAGAGUUGGAUGCUCCCCCAGGAAUGCUUCCUUCUAUGGGUGAUGAAAAAGAAGUGAAAAAAUUGCGAGCCAAAUAUAUUGAAACAAGAGAGGCAAUUUUCAAGUUGAAUGAAGUUGAAGUUAGUAAAAGGUGGACUUUUGAAGAAAAUAUUCGGCGCCCAUAUUUUCACGUGAAACCUUUAGAAAGAGGUCAGCUGAAAAACUGGAGAGAAUAUCUAGAUGAGGAGAUCAGUUGGGGUAACCAUAACAGAAUAGUUGUACUCUUUGAAAGAAGCAUGAUAGCUUGUGCACUUUAUGAAGACUUCUGGAUGAAGUAUGCAAAAUACCUGGAGCAGCACAGUCUAGAUGGUGUUAGAAGUGUUUAUCAGAGAGCUUGUGAUAUUCACCUCCCAAAGAAACCAUACAUACAUCUGGCUUGGGCAGCAUUUGAAGAAAGAAGAGAUAAUUAUCCUCUUGCAAGAAAAAUCUUACUGAACAUUGAAAACAAUGUACCUGGAUUGGCAAUGGUGUGCAUGAGGCGUAUCAGUCUUGAAAGGCGAAACAAGAAUAAUGAAGCUGCUGAAGAGAUGUUUAAAACUUAUAUUGAAAAAGCUGUUAGUCAUAAAACCAGAACCUUUUUUUCCAUCAAAUAUGCCAGGUUUUUACAGAAAGUUAUUGGCGACAGUGAUAGAGCUAGAAAAGUUCUUAACGAUGCAUUACAAAUUGAUAAUACAAAUGAAAAAGUUUUUCUACAAUUACUGGAUAUAGAAUACCAAUCACAGCCUAUUGUUGAAGACAGAGUCAUGGAAACAUUUAACAGGUUGCUCAAAAGUGAUGUUUCUUUAGAUUUUAAAGUCAAGAUUUCCCAAAGAAGAAUGGAGUUCUUAGAAGAUUUUGGAACCUGCAUACAAAAAAUAUCAGAAGCAUAUGAUGAGCACCAAAAACUAGUUAAGGAAGCCAGCAUUAAAAAAAAGAGACUUCCUGAAAAAGAACAAUUUGAAGAGCCAGCAGACAAAAAAUUAAAAGCUGAAAUCAACCCAUCUGUACCAGUAGACCAUUCUAUACCCCCCUUACCUCCUGUUGGGCCACCCCCCCUUGGACCUCCCCCACCACCAGAACCACCCUAUGGAUAUGGCCCUUGGCCCAACGUUGGCUAUGGAGCCUCAGCUCCCGGAGCCUAUCCAGGAUAUCCAUACCCAUCAUAUUCUUCUGGCUAUGGUUAUUAUGGUUAUUAGCAAUACAUGUGAUUUUCUGCUUAGAUAAUAGUUUGCCUGGAGUUUGAAGCUGUCAACAGGGAUAAUUGUACAAAGAUGUUUUACUUCAGAUAAUGUUAUAUUUUGCAAUAUAUUUUGUUGUGUCAUGAUUUUAAAAAAUAUACUCCUUAAAAUAUUUCUUUUAUUGUUAUUCGAUUUAAAAUAAAGUACCGGUAUGGGGGAAAAUUAUGUUGCUAUUGAAAAACUUAUUUGCCUAGAAUUAUAAAUCCUUGCAUAUUAUUUGAAUGUACAUAACUUAUUAAUGAAAUUAUCAAUUAAACAAAUUAAAUUUUGAAGAUGUCUGUUUAUAUAUAAAUAUAAAUCAGGAAAAUAUACAAUAUAAUAUAGAAUCUAAUAUCCUGUAUAAAUAAAAAAUUCUAUGUCCUUAAUAUUAACAACUUGAUGUGGAAUUAGUUUUCAGUGUAAGAAAUAAAAGUAAACCAGAGACAGUUUUGAUCUAUCACAUUUUGACUGGUGUUGUCCAUAAAUGAUGUCACACUCAUAGGGGGAAG